UGACGGACGUCCCCCGGAAGUGGAGCCGGGGACUUCCAGCGGUGCGCGAGGCGAGCGGAGGCGGAGAGGAGCCCCAGGCUGAAUUCCGGAGCAGACAAGAUGGCCGGGCUGCCCCGCAGGAUCAUCAAGGAAACCCAGCGCCUGCUGGCCGAACCAGUUCCUGGGAUAAAAGCAGAACCAGAUGAAAGCAAUGCACGUUAUUUUCAUGUGGUCAUUGCAGGUCCACAGGAUUCCCCCUUUGAGGGAGGGACAUUUAAACUUGAACUCUUCCUUCCAGAAGAAUACCCGAUGGCAGCUCCUAAAGUACGUUUCAUGACCAAAAUUUAUCACCCUAAUGUAGACAAGUUGGGAAGAAUAUGUUUAGAUAUUUUGAAAGAUAAAUGGUCUCCAGCUUUGCAGAUCCGUACAGUGCUGCUAUCAAUUCAGGCUUUGUUAAGCGCUCCCAAUCCUGACGAUCCAUUAGCAAAUGAUGUAGCGGAGCAGUGGAAGACCAAUGAAGCCCAAGCCAUAGAAACAGCCAGAGCAUGGACUAGGCUAUAUGCCAUGAACAAUAUUUAAGUUGGAUCUGAUCAUCAAGUGGGCAUCACUUCUCCUCUUCUGCCAAGACCUUCCCUUUUUUUGGUUUGCAUUUAAUGGACACAGUCUUAGAAACAUUACAGAAUAAAAGUCCCAGACAUCUUCAGUCCUUUGGUGAUUAAAUGCACAUUAGCGAAUCUGUCUUGUCCCCGAUUCACUGUUAUAAAGCAUGAGCAGAGGCUAGAAGUAUCAUUUGGAUUGUUGUGAAAUGGUUUAAGAGCAGUGGCGUAUCCCUGCUUUUUAUUCAUUUCUUCCAUCAUGGUUUAAGUAUAAGCACUGUGAAUGAAGGUAGUUGUCAGGGUUAGCUGCAGGGUUGUGUCUUUUUGUUGUUUUGUUAUUGUUUUUAAAUUCUGUGGGCUCCUCUUCUUCCUCCUCCCCCCUUUUUAUGGUGUUGCUAAUUGCAUUGGUUAAAGCAGCUAACCAGUUAUAUUUUUAGAAUAUGCCCUCUAGCCAAGUCUAACUCCGUAGACGCCGUAGAUGGACAAGCUUCAUUUUUUGGAACAAAAAUGGGAACAUUAAGCAAAACAUCACAGCCCUCACUAAUAUUGUGAUUCUGCCAUCAAGUGUAGAAAUCUCUCUUCAAGAAAAAGCUUGUGACCAUUUUGUAUGGCUUGUCUGGAAACUCUUCUGUAAAUCCUAUGUUUUAGUAAAAUAUUUUUUUGUUAUUCUA